UGAUCAGUUUUUUUUGUUCUUACAGAUUUUAUUGCGUAAAUUUAUUUUAUGUUAAAGGGCAUUUCGAUAAAAAAAAAACACGCUAACGUUAAACUUUAUAUACAUGUCAUGAAUAUCUCUAUCAAGUAUUAACGCAAUUAUUCAUGUAUUAUCCAUAACUUAACAUAUCACACGCACUGCUGUUUGACAAAAAUCAAAACAUAUCACAUACUUAAAAGUGAUGGACAAAUUGUACCUUAUGACGUUUGAGACCUAAGCAUUUAUCGGUCUGUCUUUUUGUCAACAAAUGCAUUUAUUUAAAUUGAAGCCGCUGCUCAAACUAAACCCAUAACGAUAAUAGUUUUAACAAUCAUAAAUAGAUUAUGUUACAGAGUUUCUAUAAAUAAGUAAAAGAUAGUGGUUAGAAGAAAAUGCAACGAAACUGACUAUGAAAAACAUUAUAGUUCCAGCUCUGCUCUUGAUACUUAGCUUCCUUUUAACAUAUCUUCUCUAUACCGCCGUCAAAUCACGACGGAAAUCAUCAAGCCCACUGCCUCUGGUACCUCCCGGACCGCCGGGACCUCUGGGAUGGCCCAUCGUCGGACUUCUCCAUAUCAUCGGAAAAGCUCCUCACCGUUCACUUGCUUAUCUCUCGAGAGUUUAUGGACCAGUCAUGAGUCUUGGACAUGGACAUUUAACCACAGUGGUCAUUUCUUCACCCGAGGCAGCACGAGAGGUUCUGAAAACGCUUGACCAUAUCUUCUCUGCACCAACCUUCCGCGAGAUGGUUCGAACCAUCGGUCACCACGAUGUCUCCAUCCCAUGGCUACCUGCCACGUCGUCUCAUUGGAGGGUAUGGAGGAAGUUAUUGAAGACUCAGCUGUUCUCAAGAAAAUGUCUCAAAGCCACGAAGACCGUAUGGUCGAAGAAAGUGAAAGAACUUAUAACAUUCAUAAUCGAAAGCAGCGAAAAAGGAGAAGCCGUUGAGAUUGCUCGUGCUUGCUUCGUCACAUCGCUUAAUGUAAUCUCAAACGUUGUGUUUUCGACCGACUUGGGUAGUUACGACCCGAGAGCCUCUCUGGAGCUACGAGACUCCUUGUUUCGUAUAACGGAAGUCAUGGGGAAACCGAACCUCGCAAACUAUUUUCCGUCUCUCGGGUUUCUUGAUUUACAAGGUUUUAGGAAAGAGAUGGAGGUAUGUUCGGAGAGGUUGUUUAGGGUUUUUCAAGGGCUCAUCGAUGCUCGAAUCCCGGAAAGAUCUUUGCGGACUGGACCUAGAGAUGCAUUUAGCAGCGAUCUGUUGGAUUCGCUUAUCGAUCUUAUUCAAGAAGAUGGAUCGGAAGUCGACAUGAACGAUAUCAACCACUUUCUAUACGACUUGUUUAUUGCGGGGACGGAAACGAACUCUACCACAGUGGAAUGGGCAAUGGUUGAGCUAUUACGUAACCCAGAGGCUAUGGCUAACGCUAGAGUCGAGAUCAACUUUAUAGUUGGCCCAAACCGUUACGUUGGUGACUCCGAUCUCUUAGAUUUCCCCUACUUGCAAGCUGUUGUAACAGAGACUCUCCGUUUGCACCCACCGAGUCCAUUUCUGAUCCCACGUAAAACUGAGUCAGAAACAGAGGUUUUAGGGUUUCUCGUUCCUGAAAAUGCUCAGAUUCUGGUUAACGCUUGGGCUAUAGGACGAGACCCGAGCGUUUGGGAAAACGCGGAACGGUUUGAGCCGGAGAGAUUCUUGGGACGAGACAUUGAGUCGAUAGGUAAAGAUUUCGAAAUGUUACCAUUUGGAGCUGGACGAAGGAUGUGCCCUGGUAUAUCAUUGGCGUUAAGGAUUGUGCCUCACAUGCUUGCUUCACUUAUCUAUUCGUUUCAAUGGACUCUUGAAAACGAAAAAAGCUACCCCGUUCCUGCGGAUUUGGACAUGAACGAGACUUUCGGUCUUACCUUGCACAAGACCAAACCACUUUAUUCUGACUUUGUCAAGAAGUCGUACGAAUAUUUUUAUUAG